AUGGAGAAGCCGCAUGGCGGAGAAGCACCACAGCGAUGCCCCACCACCUUCGUCCAGACCGACACCGCCACCUUCAAGGAGCUCGUCCAGCGGCUCACCGGCCCGCACGAGCAGCCGCCCGACGCUGCCCCCUUCGCCCCCUUCGCCCCCGCCAAGGUGGCAGGCCUCAAGCGGCUCCAUGAACGGAGGCGAGGCUCCCGGCUCAAGCUCCCCGUGAUGAAGCCCGCCGUCGGUCCAGCGGUGCUGUCGCCUUCUUUGAUGACCGCGCUGGUGUCGCCCUCUACCGGCUUCGCCGGGCUUGGCAUAUGCGACGAGCUGAACGAGGAGGAGGAGGAGAAGGCCAUCAAGGAGAGGCGGUUCUACUUGCACCCUUCGCCCCGGUCAAGAUCGCAGAACGCCGAGCCGGAGCUGCUGCCUUUGUUUCCACUGACCUCUCCGAAGCCUCACGAUCAUUGACAGCUGCUGCCGACCAGUAAUCAUCACUGUAAACAGCUUCUUUGGAUGAGACUGCAUGCGGUCUCCAUUCCUGCACUGAACCGAGGGGGAUGAGAGUUCAACAUCGUUUCCUCAUUUUUUUCUCGCAUACCUUUCAAUUUAAAGCUUUCUCCGAAAGCCACAGAAAGGCUCCAAACUUGCUUCCCAAGAUCGUUCGCCGUCGCUCUCGGUGAUCAACCCAAGAAGAACCUCAAGAGGGAAAGCUCCCGUCCACGGAUAUCUCCACAGGCCGAAUUCUUCGAGUCAAAGCUCUCCGGUCGAUGGGGCUUGGAAAAACGGAUGCGGGUACGAAACGUGUCAACCAAAGAAUCCGAUAAGCCUCUAACAGGGGAUUCAACUCGUUUCCCGUUCGAAUGGGUACAGAUAGUACUACUGAGCUCAUGAUCCGACCCGCAAAAGGAGGUCCGAUAACCUAACCCCCUCUUCUUGUAGCGGAGAGUACACAAAACACAUACACGUAACUUCCUCACUUAUGCGGGCUCUCUCAGAGAUAUGAC